AUGGCGGAAAAGAGUAAAUCAUCAAAGGGCCGACCUCACAUGGCCACAGGUGGAUCUUCUCGCGGCACAACGGUUGUAUGGGGCGAUUACGGGCUGCGAAUGGUCGACCAUGACCGAAGAAUGCCGGCAUCGUCAUUGAAGAUUGGAUUUGAAGCAAUUCAGAGACGUCUGAGAGGAAUGAAUUACAAACUAUACCCCAGGGUCAGCGCCAACAUUGGUGUUUAUACGAGUGGUAACGAAAUGCGAAUGGGAAAAGGAAAGGGUAAAUUUGAUUAUUGGGCUGCAAGAGUCGGUGUUAGUCGAGUUAUUUUCGAAUUGAAGGGCGAUAUACACGAGAAGGUGGCCAGGGAAGCAUUCAGACUGGCAGCUCACAAGAUGCCAGGAAUGUACGAAUUCGUCAAGAAGGGUGACCCACCUGUUGUUGGAAUUACCAAGUUGAAAGACGGCGUUACUCUGGAGUCCUUGAAGAGGCCACGGCGAGCGGCUCCACUUAACUCCAAACCAGCAACGACAUCAGAACCGGCUCCUCCUUCAUAA